CGCUAUCAUGCGUGUGUUUUGCUGUGUUAGAAAUAAGGGGACUGUUCUCAAAGGCCUUUGCUGUUCCCUGGAGCGCAGCGGGGCGUGCAGGGACUUGCAGUAUUGCAAUGCUUGGGAUUCGGCCACCUGCAGCUGUGCCACAUUUUGCAGCCAGAUUAAUUAGCCCAACUUGGGGCUAGAAGUGACCCCGCGGCAGCUGUGCGCUCCUGGCACGCUGCAUCGUGCAUCUGCAGGGAUGAAUCAUCUUCGUCCACUUAAUAUUUUUCUGGUUGGACCCGUGCCCAAGACGAACUCGCUGGGUGGCUGGGUGGGUGCUCGCUCCGGCGCGAGAGGUGGCAAAAUGCUGCUGGUGAGAGGUUUGGCUGAAGCUGGAACAGGAAACCAUGGUCUACAGGGAUGAAGUGCGCUGCCCGCUCCCAGCGUGACCUGCUGCCGAGGAGGAGGAGGAGGCCCACCUCCUCCCCGGACCCCUCAGAGGGGAGGAAGAUAACCCCAAAGAAAUUUAAUCUGAAUUUGGUGAAAGUUCCAAGGUUUUCAUGCUGGUUUUUCUUCAAUGGUGCGUUAAGGGCAGCAUGCCUUUUUUUUUAAAGUUGUAAAAUUAAUCCAUUCCCUUGUAAUGCUUCCUUUAACAGAUCUUCAUAAAGUCCCUAAUUUAGCAUGCUGAAUUGCUCCUUGUUGAGAGUGGCCCGGAGCUGUCAGUUCUCCUUUUUCCUGAAAUGCAUUGCUUUGAGUGUCCCCCUCAGAGGAUGCCGGCUCCAUCCUCAGCCCCUCUCCAUCUCCUGGUAGUCGCAAGGGCUGAUCUGAGGCUGGUCUUGAGUCCCCUCCUCAGAAAUCCUGUGGAGCAACUGCUUGGGCAUUUAAUGAAUGAUAUUUUGAGAUGCUCUGCACUGUCCAGCUGCUUUUCAGGGAAGCCCCACCAGGUUGCCUUGCACAGGGGUCCCACUCCAGCGGCAGAGCCCGGAGCAGCGCCCAGUGCACAGGGCGGGGGACCCCGAGGAGCGCUCGGAGCAGGUGUCAUUUUUAUGUUAAAAUGCGUUUUCUGUAGGUAACGUGCAGGCACGGCAGGGCUCCGUGCUGCGCCACGUACUACCAGCACGCUAUGUGUGGCAGAGGGUAUGUAUCAGGUACUUAUUUUUUUAGUGAAGUGCAUCUGUGCUGUGCUUUUUUGCAGUUACGAGUAGCCUUCCCCAUUUCUCGCUAGUUGCCCAAUAGGAAGUGAUGCAGGAAAAUUCUGCUCCUCUCCUGAAUGAGCUCAUUCCUUGAAAAUGAGUGAAUAGGCAGCUGCAGAAGAGCUACGGCCUUUUGUUAAGCAACAACCAGAGAGCUUUUGUGUUUAAUCAGCUCUGCAAAUCAGAUGCAGAGUCCUCAAGCUGUUGAAGUUCCAGGCCAGUCAGAUUCCUUUAACUACUUGAAUUAUGGUGUGGCUGCACACCCUUCCAGCUCAUUUGGAUUUCCUGGCUUAUCUGAUUUCCUCACCUCCCUGUUUUGAAUGCAGAUCCAUUGGAAACCUAUUUUUUUAAAAAAACCCAAAACCUAUCAAACUCUAUUCUCAUCCUAGCUGUGUGACAGCUGCCGGAAAAGCAAUUAAAAGGGUGGAAACUGAAAAAAAAAUAUUAAGAACGCAGGGGAAGAGAGAAACAAGAAAUAAAAAUCCUGUCGGUCCUCGGAUGCAGGGUUCGCCUCUGCAGAGGAAGGAGUGCUUGCUGGCUCGGGCUGUGAGCAAGGGGCGGAGAGGUUGGUGAAGUUUUCCCUUCGGAGAAGUGCAGGCAGGGAUGAGGUUGCUUUGCCACCGGUCGGGAGCUCUCGUUCUCCCCGUCUCUGGGCACGCAGCUCUCCCGCUGCUGCUCUCCCCCAGACUUGUAACCCCGGUAGAAACCUGCUGUUAUAUUGCACAUAGUGCACGUGUCCUGUUAAAUACUGCAAAAUGCAUUGUUAAUAGCUGCAAGCUCUAGGCCGGGCAGUUGUAGGUAUUGCUCCCUAGUUCGGCUGUUGCUCCAGAAGUGCUGAGAGCGUUUGCACCACUGGGACCAGACUCUGACGUCAGGCUGGAGAGGGGCAUGGCCAUCGGGCUGUGCUACAGCGUUGAACCCUCUCCAGGACUGCAAAGAGACGAAGAGCCCAGACAUCUCAGAGCUGAAGGAGACAUAUUUCUAAUGGAAAACACAUUAUCAGCUGGGAAAAUGCAGGGGAUAUUCAAGACAGCCUCAAAAAUAUUUCAGCAAACGCGUGCUCUCCUAUGGAAAAACAUUCUUCUGGUGUGGAGGAUGAAGACAGAGAGCUUUCAGGAAUGGAUUACACUGGUGGUCUUUCUCUUAAUAAUACAAAUGUCAUCAACUAUGAUAUUCCACUAUCCACGGCAAGAAAUCCCUUACGAGUUCCUCGGACGAUUAGACGACCCUGCCUUUAACGCUACAGGAGUUACACUCGCAUACACACCUGUAACCAACACCACCAGGCGAAUAAUGAGCAAAGUGGCUUCGCGUUCUGCAAUGACGGGUGUAAUAAUAGAAGAGGUAGAAAAUGAGACAAGACUGGAAACACGAGGAAUUUUGGAGGAAGACGUUAUUGGUGUUGUUUUUAAGGAUGACUUCUCCUACCGCCUCAGAUUUCGAAGCUACAGUGUGAUAUCCCCAAAUGAUGACUUUGAGCACAUUGAUACCUGUGCCAAUUUUUCAUCAAGUAACUGCAAAGUCCCUCUGUACUGGUAUGCGGGUUUCCUAUCCGUGCAGUCCAGCAUUGAUGCAGCGGUCAUAGAAACGAAAACAAACCAUUCUGUCUGGGAAGAGAUGAGGUCAAUUAGCGGCGUUCGUCUGACAUCACCCUUGAUCAAGCCCGUCUAUAAACUGGAUUAUAUUUGGUUCAUUAUUUACAUUAUAUUGUGCUUCUCCCCAUAUAUGUACUUUUUAACAGUGAAAGUUAUGAGAGAGAAAAAGAAGCUCAAGGUAUUAAUGAGAGCAAUGGGUUUGCAAGAUAUUGCAUUCUGGUUAUCCUGGAGCUUGCUGUACUCUGUUUACGUUGCAGUAACGGCAAGUCUGCUGACACUGAUCACGAUUAGAGGAGUCAUCCAUGAUUACAACUUCUUUGAAAUAUUUUUUUUUUAUUUCUUUUACGGCAUAGCAUCUAUUCACUUCUGUUUCAUGCUCAGCUCGUUGUUAAAGCAGCCAAAUAUUGCCAGUUUCGUGGGAUUUGUCCUUUACAUCAUCUUUGGAUUGCUGGGCUUUUUGACAUUGUUUGAAAAACUACCGCCAUCUUUGGAAUGGAUCUUUAAUCUCUUCAGUCCUUUUGCCUUUACAGCUGGCUUCUCAAAGAUGGUAAAAUCAGAAAAAUAUGGACCAGCCUUUACACCAGAACUGUACCCUUUCUUUAACCUAUACAUCAUACUGACCCUUGACAGUGUCUUGUAUUUGCUGUUGGCCAUCUAUUUUGAUAAGGUUUUGCCGGGCAAGUACGGGGCACCAUAUCCGCCUACGUUCUUCCUGAGACCGUCAUACUGGUGCAAGCCCAGGAGUGGGUACGUGGGGGUGCGAGCUGGUGGCGAGAGCAGCCACGAUCCUAUCCUCAGCAAUAAUACUGAGCCGAUGCCUCCAGGCUUCGAUGGGAAGGAAGCAAUCAGACUAAACAAUAUUAAAAAAAUAUACAAGAAGAAGGACAAGAGAACCGAAGCUUUAAGGGGUUUGUCCCUAAAUAUAUACGAAGGACAGAUCACUGCAUUACUUGGUCACAGUGGAUCUGGAAAAACCUCUCUCUUAAAUGUGCUCAGCGGAUUUACCAAGCCUUCAGCAGGUUCUGCAAUGAUAUACAACUACAAAGUGUCUGAAGUACAGGAUAUGGAAGGAAUUCAGGCAAUGGUUGGGAUUUGCCCCCAGUUUAACUUGCAUUUUGAAGCCUUAACUGUGAAGGAAAACCUGAGAACUUUUGCUCACAUCAAGGGGAUUCAGCGACAGGAAGUAGAGCAAGAGGUGCAGAAAGUUCUUGUGACGCUGGACCUCACCGACCUUCAGGACAUCCGCGCUGAUGCUCUGAGUGGGGGACAAAAAAGAAAACUGUCUCUUGGAAUUGCAAUUUUAGGGAAUCCCCAGGUGUUGCUUUUAGAUGAGCCGACAGCUGGGUUGGAUCCCUGCUCCAGGCACCAUGUGUGGAGCCUUCUGAAGGAACGCCAGGCUGGGCGCGUGACGCUCUUCACGACCCAGUCCAUGGAGGAGGCCGACGCUCAUGCUGAUCGGAAAGCUUUUCUCUCAAAUGGGAGUUUACAGUGUGUUGGCUCAUCUCUGUACUUGAAGAGAAAAUGGGGAACUGGCUAUCACUUAAGGGUGCGCAUAAAUGACCUGUGUGACCCUGAGCUUACAUCAUCCCUGGUCAGACAGUACAUCCCCGACGCCGUGCUCAGAGGACAGAAGGGGGGUGAGCUGUGCUAUACGCUACCUCUGGAAAACACUGACAGCUUCCCAGAUCUGUUCAGCCAUCUCGAGAGCAAUCUUUUGCAGGGGGUUGUUAAUUAUGAGGUUAGCAGGACAACCCUGGAAGAUGUUUUCCUGAAGCUGGAGGGUGAGGAAGCCAUUGGUCAAGAAGAAGACGGCGAUCUCGAGGAGAAGGACCAAAGCCUCCUGGUGUUUUCCGACCAGGGGAGCGCGGCAGUGAGUGGGAUGGCGCUCUGGAGGCAGCAAGUGUGUGCCGUGAUGAGAGUUCGCUUCUUAAAACUGAAGCAUGAAGGAAAGUUGCUCGGGUCCAUAUUGAUGUUCUUUGGAAUAUUUAUCCUUCCAAUUCUUAUGAUUUUAAUUGGAUUUCAACUGUGGAACAGCUCCGGCAACUGGGAAAUCGUGGCUAGCUCAUAUUUUUUUCCCACCGAAGAGAAAAUUAAAAAUAAGUCGACAAAUCUUCUCAUCUUCAAUGACACAGGAUUAGAAAUUGAAAAUUUCAUUUCUGCUUUGAAGGCUCAAAACAUAACACCAGAAAUAACUCUUGAGAAAAACAUCACAAGCAUUCCUCUACAUAAUGGAGCUAUAAAAAUAUCCCUGGAAGGCAAGAGCUACCGAUUCACGGUCAUGUGCAGUGCAGAACCCAUCAACUGCUUCCCCAUGCUUGUGAAUAUCCUCAGCAACACCUUCCUACGGCUCUUCAAUUCCACUGCACGCAUCCGCAUCUGGAGUGAGCCCUUUUACAGCACACAAAGCCCAGAAAUAAAGAUCGAUUUUUUUUUCAUCUGUCUCAGCUACAUGAUGAUUUUGGCUGCUGGUUUGCCACCUCAUUUUGCAGCGAGCAGCAUGGAGGAUUACAAGCUCCAGGCUCAUGCCCAGCUGCGGCUGGCGGGGCUCUUCCCCUCGGCAUACUGGUGUGGGCAGGCGCUGGUGGACGUGCCACUUUUCUGGACCCUGGUGUGCCUCAUGUUUGGGGUAGUGCUACUCUUCAGCCGUAUCUGCCCCUUGCAGGCCAGCACCGUGCUGCCCCUGAUCAUUUGCGUCAUUGGUUACGGAGUAUCUCUUGUCCUUCUCAUCUAUUUAAUUGCCUUUAAAUUUCGCACGGGACGAAGCAAUCGUUACAUUUGGUCUUUCAUCUUCAUUCUGGUGAAUAUCACUCUCUAUAUGCUCAGUGACCAACAUGAGGCACUUUACUUCACCUUCUCUUCUUUGAUUCCUGUGUUUCCACUGCUGGGCUGGUUGAUCUUCUCUACACCGCGCUUCUCACUGUUUUACAAUAUUGGUCUUCUCGAGUCAUGGAAUCACAUCUUCGUAGCUGUCUUUGCACCCUACAUCCAUUGUGUGAUUUUUGCUUUUCUCCUGCGCUGUCUGGAGAUGAGAUAUGGAGAGGCAGUUACGAGACUUGAUCCCGUCUUCAGGAUCCAGCAGAGGAGGCCAGUCGCCCGCCAGAACAGGGACCAGCCUGGGGAGGAGACCCCAGAAGUCCAGGCAGAGAGGGAGAGGGUGAGGACUGCGAUGACCUCUGUGCAGCAGGAGGAGGAAUUGGUUAUCAUUGUCAACGGUUUGCGCAAGGAGUAUGAAGACAAGAAAGCCCGUUCCAUCUUUAAGAAAAAGAAGAAAGUUGCUGUCAAAAACCUCUCUUUUAGUGUUAAAAAAGGGGAAGUGUUAGGUCUGUUAGGACCCAACGGAGCUGGAAAAAGCACAACUAUAAACAUGAUUUCUGGAGACCUAACAGUGACUGCUGGGGAGGUGCUGCUGAGGGGCCGGGACGCAGCCGCCCCCUCCCCGGGGCAGGGCGGCCUGGGGCGCCUGGGCUGCUGCCCGCAGCGGGACCCGCUCUGGCCAGACCUCACGGUGCGCCAGCAUCUGGAGGUGUACGCUGCCGUGAGAGGCGUGAGGGAAGAAGAUGCACCCGCUAUCGUCAGCCGCAUAGCAAAGGCCUUGGAUCUCCAGAAGCAUUUAAAAACCCGAGCGAGGAGGUUAGCUGCUGGAGAAGCCAGAAAGGUGUGUUUUGCACUGAGCGUCCUGGGAGAUCCGACGGUAAUGCUUUGGGAUGAGCCAUCAGUGGGCAUGGACCUGACAGGGCAGCGCCGUAUGUGGAAAGUGAUCCAGGCCGCCGUGAAAGGCAAGGAGCGGGCAGCCAUCCUCAGCACGCAGUACCUGGAGGAGGCAGCGGCGAUGUGCGACCGGGUGGCCAUCCUGGUGUCGGGGCAGCUACGGUACAUCGGUUCCCCUGAGGAUCUGAAAAGUAAGUUUGGCACAAAUUACCACCUGGAAGUCAAAAUGACGGACGCGGGGCAAAGCGAUGCUCUCCACGCUGAAAUUCUGCGCCUCUUCCCGCACGCAGCUCGGCAAGAAAGGACUUCUUCUUUCCUCAUCUACAACAUACCAAUGCAAGAUGCACUACCUCUGUCCCAGUCUUUCUCCAAGUUAGAAGCAGCUAAACAGAAUUUCAGGCUCGAGGAGUACAGCUUAUCGUUGCACACUUUGCAACAGGUGUUUCUAGACCUCGCCCAGGACCUGGAGGAGCACGACCUGGAUGCAGCGUCCAAUGGGGCUGUGGAAAGGAGACCACUUCACCCCUGAGCCCUUGGAACCACAAAGGAAAAUAUUCAGCGUAUUUCAUUGGUGUUACUGAUCUCUGUGAUUGGAUGCAGCCCUAGGACUUAGUUGCCUGUGUCACAUCACAUACAGCCGUGUAGGUUUUCUGCCUCACAAAGAAAAAAAGAAUUAUUAUUUUGAUAAAUAAAGCCUUUUUACACCUGC